AUGAAUUCGGCGGAGCAGACCGUUACGUGGCUGAUCGCCCUGGGCGUGCUGGAGUCGCCCAAAAAGACCAUCUCCGACCCCGAGGGCUUCCUUCAGUCCUCGCUGAAGGACGGCGUGGUGCUGUGCCGCCUGCUCGACCGUCUGCUCCCGGGCACCAUAGACAAAGUGUACCCGGAGCCGCGGACAGAGGGCGAGUGCCUGAGCAACAUCCGCGAGUUCCUGCGGGGCUGCGGUGCUUCCCUGCGCCUGGAGACUUUUGAUGCAAAUGACCUGUAUCAGGGACAGAAUUUCAGCAAAGUUCUUAGCUCUCUUGUGGCUUUAAAUAAGGUGACUGCAGACAUAGGGCUGGGCAGUGACUCUGUAUGUGCACGUCCCUCAUCUCAUCGGAUAAAAUCCUUUGAUUCUUUGGGAUCCCAGUCUUCACACAGUAGAACUUCAAAACUCUUUCAGGGACAGUAUCGGAGUUUGGACAUGACAGAUAACGGCAACCAUCAGUUGGUGGUGAGAGCCAAAUUUAAUUUUCAACAGACAAAUGAAGAUGAACUUUCUUUUUCAAAAGGCGAUAUUAUUCACGUUACUAGAGUGGAAGAAGGAGGCUGGUGGGAAGGAACUCUAAAUGGAAAAACAGGGUGGUUUCCAAGUAACUAUGUACGAGAAAUUAAAUCAAAUGAAAAACCAGUCUCACCCAAAUCAGGUACAUUGAAGAGUCCACCUAAAGGCUUUGAUACAUCUGCAAUUAACAAAAGUUAUUACAAUGUGGUGCUACAAAAUAUAUUAGAAACAGAAAAUGAAUAUGCUAAGGAGCUACAAACAAUGCUUUCAAACUACCUGCGACCAUUGCAAGCCAGUGAAAAGUUAACCUUGACAAAUACUUCAUACUUAAUGGGAAAUCUGGAAGAAAUAAGUUCUUUCCAGCAAAUGCUUGUACAGUCUUUAGAAGAAUGCACCAAGUUGCCUGAAGCUCAGCAGAGGGUUGGAGGAUGUUUUCUAAAUUUGAUGCCACAAAUGAAAAGUUUAUACCUUACAUAUUGUGCCAACCACCCAUCAGCAGUAAAUGUUCUUACAGAACACAGUGAGGAACUAGGAGAAUUCAUGGAGAUGAAAGGUGCAAACAGUCCUGGGAUCCUUGUACUGACCACGGGCCUCAGCAAACCUUUUAUGCGUCUGGAUAAAUACCCCACGUUACUCAAAGAACUUGAAAGGCACAUGGAGGAUUAUCAUCCGGAUCGUCCAGAUAUUCAAAAAUCCAUGACUGCCUUCAAAAAUCUUUCUGCACAAUGUCAAGAAGUGCGGAAGCGGAAAGAACUUGAACUGCAAAUACUGACAGAAGCUAUCCGUUGUUGGGAGGGAGAGGAUAUCAAAACACUUGGCAAUGUGAUUUACAUGUCCCAAGUCAUGAUUCAGUGUGCUGGAAGUGAGGAAAAGAAUGAAAGGUAUCUUCUUCUCUUCCCUAACAUUUUGCUUAUGUUGUCUGCCAGCCCAAGAAUGAGUGGGUUUAUUUAUCAGGGAAAACUGCCUAUGACAGGAAUGACUAUUACAAAGCUAGAAGACAGUGAAAACCAUAAAAAUGCAUUUGAAAUAUCAGGAAAUAUGAUUGAAAGGAUAUUAGUAUCUUGUAACAAUCAACAAGAUUUGCAUGAAUGGGUGGAUCACCUGCAGAAGCAAACCAAAGUAACAACUGUUGGGAAUCCCACCAUAAAACCUCACUCUGUGCCAUCUCACACGCUUCCUUCCCACCCAGUGACUCCCUCCAACAAGCAUUCAGACAGCAAGCCAAUACCACUGACUCCUGCCUAUCACACUCUCCCUCAUCCAUCACACCAUGGGACUCCACAUACCACAAUAAACUGGGGACCACUGGAACCUCCCAAAACACCCAAGCCUUGGAGUCUGAGCUGCCUGCGACCCGCACCUCCUCUACGGCCUUCAGCAGCUCUCUGCUAUAAAGAGGAUCUCAGUAAAAGCCCUAAAACUAUGAAAAAGCUGCUUCCCAAACGCAAGCCAGAGCGGAAGCCAUCGGAUGAAGAGUUUGCACUGAGAAAAAGUACAGCUGCUUUAGAAGAAGAUGCUCAGAUUCUUAAAGUAAUUGAAGCAUAUUGCACAAGUGCCAAAACACGUCAAACACUAAAUUCAACAUGGCAAGGCACUGACCUGAUGCAUAAUCACGUCUUGGCUGAUGAUGACCAAUCAAGUCUAGACUCCUUGGGUCGUCGCAGUAGUCUUUCUCGUUUGGAGCCUUCAGACCUCUCAGAAGACUCUGACUAUGACAGUAUAUGGACAGCCCAUAGUUACAGAAUGGGGUCUACAUCUCGUUCCCGCAAAGAAUCAGCUCCUCAAGUCCUGCUUCCAGAAGAAGAAAAAAUUAUUGUAGAAGAAACUAAAAGUAAUGGUCAGACUGUUAUAGAAGAGAAAAGCCUUGUUGACACAGUAUAUGCAUUAAAGGAUGAAGUACAGGAGUUAAGACAGGAUAACAAAAAGAUGAAGAAAUCAUUAGAAGAGGAACAAAGAGCUCGCAAGGACUUGGAGAAGCUUGUUAGAAAAGUUUUAAAGAAUAUGAAUGAUCCAUCUUGGGAUGAAACCAACUUAUAACCACUUUUUUUUUUUUUCCCCUUCUUCUUUCUAUUGAAAGACCAGUUGUAAAACUGAGCUGGGAAGCCUUCUGACAUUAGUCAGUGUUGCAUCAAGAGCACUAUAAAACAGGAUUUAACUGGAUCUAGUGAUUUCUUGCUCUGAACAUACAGAAAGAGUCAAGCCAUUUACUGAAGCAAUCUGUACUUUAAGCAUGGAGACCAUGGAUCCUGAACUCUACUAAACUUAAUUUGUUUGCAUUCAAAUUACCUCAUUUUGCAGAAGGUGCAGCAACUGACUAAAAGUCCAUGUUUUUCAGUGGCUUUUUAAUUAAAUGUGUAUUUUUCAUGUAAAUAGCUGUAAUUUAGAAUGCAUAUGUGAUUUAUGUAUGAGGGCUGAUAUGCUGGGGGUUUUUUCUUGUGCUAUUAUAAUGGUCACAAGUGUUAGAAAUAAUGGCAGUACUGUCUUACCUAAGAAAGGUCAGAGUUCUUUGUGGAUAAUUAUGAAUUAAUUCCAAAUUACCCACUCACCACACUUGCAAAUUUAAACCCCUAUUUUUCCUAUUUACCACUGUAUUUAAAUACUUUACUGUUACCUGUUACUUUAAACAGUUUACAGUUCCUUAAGAACAGUAUUAAAAUGCAAGAAAUUGUUUAUUGACAGUAGAAGCAAUUUUUAACAAAUCUAAUGCCCAUAAUUUGCAUUCACAUACACUUGUUUGGCAGUUUAAUCUAUUGUGCUUUGGCCACAAAAAGACUGAUGUACUUGCCUGCUUUUUAUGACUGUGAUUUUUAGGUGUUUAUGUACUACAUUUUCUAUUGUUGUGCUUAAACAUAUAGCUGGUUAAUAACAGAUCAUACAGUUUGUUAAAGGAAAAAUCAAUCUAAUCCAGAAUUUUGUGAAUAAAUUGUUGCUAUUUAUAUUUUAUGGUCACAGCAAUUAAAUUUUAGCUAACCUUUGUGCAUAAGACACAUGGGCUAGGCUGAACUUCAUUCAGAGCUUUGCUUCUAUACCACUAUAUAAGAGUCUCUGUUUGGAGUUUCCAUACUGUGGAAGCAGUCAUUCCUUUCCCACCCUGUUUUCUUUGCAUGUUGCUGGUUUCUAUCCUACUAGGAUUUAAAUGGAAAGUAAUGUGGAAGUAAGUUUUUUUUUUUUAAAUCGUACUGUAAUUCAAAACUUGCACUGCUGACAG